AUGAUUCGUUACACAGCCUGUUCUCUUGCCGCCGUGGCUCUUGCAGCGGGGCAGUCCUUCUCCCUGCCUAUACCCAUUGACCGCCCUCUACAUCGCCUCGGAGAGAUGAACACCUAUCAGGCAGCCGGGGCCGCCCCCAGCCCCGCUGCUGAGAGCAGCUCCUCCAGCACGUCUACUGCAGCCCCUGACUCCGCUCAGCAGUGGCUUGAGAAUUUCAAUGAGGCGGUGCAGAAGCAGCUGCAGCUUCAGGAGAGUCUGAUGAAGCAGCUGAUGACUGACAUUCAGGAGUACCUGAGCAACACCUUCGGCUGGGGCGAUGGCACCAAUACCACUGCCUUGGAGCGCGUGAACUCCAUGCUAGAAAUGAUCAGCAGCAGAAUGGCUGUCACUCGUGAGGCAGCAACGGAGAUGGUCUCAGAAACCGAGGUUGUUGAGGAGCAGAAGGCUCGUGAGGCCACUCGCAAGUUCAUGAAGGAAGUGCGGGUGCAAGACAUUGUUGUCGACGCUCUCUGGGCCUCUCUACGGGGUGUACAGACAUCUGCAUGGAUGAGUGGUCUUACAGGAAGUGUUGAAGAACGCGAUGUCUUCAACGCUGCAAACAGAGCUGCUGAGGAGUUCCUCGUUCGCAUGUACCACAACCUCCGUGCUGCAGGAGUAGAUGAAGAGGACAUCGUCAAGUAUGUGCCCAAGACAAACCCAGAAGAAGAAAACAACAGCAGCAGCCCUACAAGAAACAUGGGCCACAAGAGAGGAUACUACGGCUACGGCUACGGCUACAGAUACAGCUACCCUCAGUACAGCUACUACUACCCUCGCGCUUACCCCGUAUACCCCCAGCCAGUGCCUGUACAGCCCAUAAUGUACCCUACCUACACCUUGGGAUACCCGAUGCAGUAUACCCCCAGCCAGUGCCUGUACAGCCCAUAA